AUGAAGUGUAACCAUCUUCUCUCCUGGGCCUUUGUGCUUGUGGCCUCGGGCCCACUGUUGGCCCACCCCAUUACAGAAUCUGCUGAGCUGCCAUAUCCAGGACCUGUAUCAGUGGAGGACCGAGGAAUCAGCAGCCUGGAUGAUCUGCCUCUCUCAGAGCAGGAUGGUACGGGUCUUAGAUAUUCCACCCUAAUAUCUGGCGAAAUCAACAGAGAUGGUGUCAGAACAACAGGUCUGCUUCCUAGAGGGAUCAAGAGAGAAGUCCUGUUGGAGAAACAAAGUCUCCUAAAUCCUUUCAGCCAUGCGCUGGGCAUUCGGAAACAGUUCAGGAAGAGAGGAGGGAAUUCGGAGUGUUUCUGGAAGUACUGUGUCUAA